AUGCAAAUGAAUAAAAUUAUAAAAAUGAAAACGAAGAUUAUUUCUUAUCAAUUUUGAGGAGAAAUAAAUUUGUUCUAUAUUCUCCUUGAAUAAAAAGAAUGAAAAGAAAAAACUAUUCAUUGUAAAUGAUAAAAAAGAAAAAAAAUAAUAAAAAAUGCAUUUUUUUUUACUCUUUAAUCACCAUUUAGACCUUUAGUAUUUCAUACUGUUUGACAUGUGCCAGUGGACCAACCCUGAAGUAAAAAUCACAAAAUAAAAGGGAAAAGAAAAAAAUAUAAAGAAAAGCAAAACCUAAAAGACGAAAGUAAAAAUCACAAAAUAAAAUGGAAAAGAAAACAAAUAUAUAAAGAAAAGCAAAACCUAAAACACGAAAAAGGUAUAAUGUUUUAAUUGCCGUUGGCGUGAAUAAAAUAACAAUAUCGAGUAAGUGGUAAUUUAAGGUUUAGAUAGUGAGAAAAGAAAGAGCUCAAGAAACACAUAACACAGAGAAUGACUGCGAAGAAGACUAAACUAGAGAACUUGCUUUCUCCUUCAUCUUCAUGGCGGGAAAACCAUAAUCCUCCUCGGAGAAACUCAAACUCCUCUGUCGUUUCCUCUGGCUGCCUCCCGGGAUUCUUCAACCUCUUUCUAUCGACAUUCAACUUCUCCUCCAACCGCCGCAAAUCCAUCACUUUAGGCUCAAAGAAACAAGAACAUAGAACAGUCGUCUACGCUUCUCCUCCGGAAGACACAACAAAUGGAGACGGUAGAGGGAAGGUCGAGCCGCCGCUUCCAAACGAAGGAGUGGAAGAAGAUGCAGCGAGGGUGAGUCUUGUCGGAGCGUUAGAGAAAUGCGACCGGGACUUAGAGGAGCUCCGGAAAAGCAUUAACGUCAUCAAAACCACUUACCUUCUUCACAAGAAACUUGAGGUUUCACCACCAAAGGCGCGUACCGGAGAUGUCGUCGUGGGGAUGCAAACGAAUAAUAACACGAAGACGAUAAUACACGAAACAGACACGGACACAACAAUGUUCUCGACGAUGAUGAACGAUCACGAGUACAAAGCCAACAAAACCUACAAAGUCAACAACAUUAAUCUAGUAACUAGACCCGAUCAUAAUGACGUCAUUUCCAAGAGAACGAUAGAUACACGUUGCACAUCGCCACUUGUGGUGCGGAAGGUGAGAUCACAGAGCUUGAUGGACAGCGUGAACCAGGUUUGUGAUGACUUGGUAUCUGGUCAACGAAGAGAGGUUGGUAAGAUCGGUUUGGCCCUUCAUGACCACAUCUGUGGGGAUUUAAUCACAGAGAUAGUUGGCGAGCUCUCCUUCUCCCACUACGACAACAACAAGUGUCAUAAACCAGCGGUUGAUUCUGCUGAUGGUCAUGACAAAGGAAGUGGACGCCGACACAUCCGACGUGGUAGUACCAACUCACUCCCGCUCGACGCAUGUCGAAGAAGAUUAGUGUUUUGAUGUGGUUGAUCAUGACAUAGUCGCGACAGUUUUCACCUAUGACACAUGUUGUAGCUCUUAUAUUAUAAUCUUGUUGUAUUAAUAAUCUAAGACGAACAUUUCACAAGGGUGUGCAAAUGGUUAAGUUUAAUGAUAUUUUUAUUCAGUCGUGAGA